AUGUCAAAAUCUCAGAAUCUCAGAAUCUCAGAAUCUCAGAAUCUCAGAAUCUCAGAAUCUCAGAAUCUCAGAAUCUCAGAAGUGUCGGAAACUCAGAAUUUCGGAAUCUCAGAAUCUCAGAAUCUCAGAAUCUCAGAAUCUCAGAAUCUCAGUAUCUCAGAAUCUCAAAAUCUCAGAAUCUGCGAAUCUCAGAAUCUCAGAAUCUCAGAAUUCCAGAAUCUAAGAAUUUCAGAAUCUCAGAAUUUCGGAAUCUCAGAAUCUUAA